CUCAAGAGAAAUCCACCCGGCAGGUAGUGGUUAAUAACCCUAAUUUUUCAGUUUUCUUUAAUGUCCUCUAUUUCCCUUGAGAAAACUGAACUCAUGUCUUGGUCAUUUCCUGCAAAGCCCAAGGGCUCCAAUCUUAUAAUAAAUGUUUAUCUGCAAUUUAUGAAGGUUACAUGCAUGAACUGUCACUCACAGAUUAUCAAAUUGUCUCAAAAUACUUGACUACAUCCCAGGAAUACACUAGUAUUACCCAUAACUAUUACCCUUAUUAGUUCAAAGUUCUUUUUCUGUAGAAUGUUGUCAUCGUCAUCACAAACUAAUGCAAAGUGGCACCAAGGCGCGGAGAAAUUUCUGUUCCUGUAAUUUCCGUAUUUAAACACACAGGAGUUUCAAGAAAAUUUGGUUUUCACAAGUAAAACAUUUGUUGAUUUCCUAAGCAGUUAAACGUAAAUGCUACUGUAUCCCACAAUUAUACAUAUGAAUAAUUUGUGUCAAACAUUGACACAUAUUUUCCUCUGAAUUGUAUUUAUCCAAAACAUUCUUGUGUGUUACAUGUGAUACCCCAAUUUUUAAACCACAACUUUGUGUGCGAAGUAUGUUCAUGGAACUGCACAUGUUCUUUGCAUGGUUUUCAUGAUAUGUCCAAAUGUGGACUUAUGUGUUAGCUUGUGAUGUCGCUGUCCAUUUUAUGACACAUUUGACAUCCAUAACAGCACUGACAAUGCAACCUUUGAUAGAAAUCAGAAUAGAUAGUAUCAGGAUAUAAUGUUUCUCUGAACAUGCUAGGUAUAAACACCAUGACAUUCAUGAGUAUUUGUAAUGUCCUUUGUAAUGGUUGAAGUGCAUACAACUCCCUCUUAUCCUAAAUAACAUUCGUUAAAACAUAACAUCCACAUAUGUUUCAUUAAUUUUGGGCCAAUGGCAAUGCAAAGUCAAUGUAGUUCAUAAUAUGCAUGAGUAGGGUAGUAUUUGCCUGAUGAAGUAAUCUUGCACUACAGAAAUUCUGAAUUGUAAUUACAAAGGUGAGCUGUACCAGCCUCCUUUUGUUAAGAGGGAUGGACAAGUAUUAAAUCCAUUUUUGGUUGUAUUUAUUCUAAAUUCAAGUUGAGUGAUAAUGAUCACCAUAUUACUUGUUGAAAUUUUGACUUCUUUCUUUGACCUUCCAUAUGUUUUUAUCCAUUUCAACAGUACCCCUUAUCUGGUGCUUUUAAAGUGAAAAAGUCAUCUACACUCAAGCAGCUUUUUGCACUUUCCAAUUCAAUACACACAGAGAGCAUGCAUGUAGCUUGUUCCAGUGCCAAGUUUAAGACUUCAUGCCCAAUGUUUGUACAUGUGCAUGUCACUCACAACAUGUUACAACUGUAUUGUACACAGGACACAGAAUGUAAGCUUCUCAGCAACAGAUUUCCAGCUUUAAUUUCAGAGAAUACGUAAAAUGUCCAUUAUGAGUAGAACUGCAAAAUUUCAUUGUAAUCACACAAAGUUUUUUUUAUAUUUCAUUGGUAUUUGUUUUUUUACACAGUUGCACUUGUAGGCACUGUUGGAGCACAUACCGUAUUGCAUUGAUAAAAUUGAACAUUGAGGGAGAGUGGUAUGACUGAUGUUCAAAAAAUUGGUUUUGAAAUGACCUGGAGACAUCAGUCAGUGUACAGAGCCAAAUGACAUCCACAUUUUCACAGAGUUUAAAGUUGUUUGCCAGAUUUGUUAAAAAUUAUCCUCCAUUUCUCCAUUGCUAAACUCAAUUCCCACCCAUGUGUCUGCAACUCAACAGGUCUUUUUACACCACGUCAGCUGCCCCGUGAGUAGACUUUUUAAAGAAGAGAAAAGCUGAUGUUCAGUAGACUUUGCUUGAAACAAAUGCUACCCCUGAAGUCAUGCUUAUUUGGAAAAGGGGUCGGGGAUGUGGACUUCUGAGAGAAAUAUUGAAUCUAACAUGCACUCAUUGCAACCCAUUUCAAUAAAUGCUUGUGCACAUCACCAUAUAAAACAUGCUCUACACUUUAUCACUGUAUUGGCUUUGUGUGAGGGUGCUCUGGGACCAAAGGUUAAACAAGGUUGUAUAGUCUACUCUUUGCCUCUUAGUAGGCAGAGAGUGGACUGUUUGACAUAUCUGCUCUGAAAGACAUAAGAGUGCACUCUGUUUGCCCAGGAUGAAUAUUAUUCAUGCCCAAAAACAUGUAUUGCAACACAGAGGCAUGAUCGGAAAAGAUGCUGUAUUUCCUGCACCCAUUAUAUUUUUAAGUAUUUUUUCCACUUGUCACCAUUAAAGAGCUGCAGAGAUGCUACGGGGUUUGAAUCUACUUUUAUGCCAUAUUGGGUCACAGGACUGGCUUACACGGAACAUGCACUCAACACCAGUCUCAUCAUUGAUUUAGGGCCUAACCAUCAUUCCCAUCUCCAUCACUACCCUCAUAGUGCUGGGUCCUCAAAUGCAAGAUGAGUGUCUAUUGAGCAUUGCAUGUUUGUUCUUGGGGGUUUGGGCUGGAUUUAAUCAAGUACCUCCUCACCUGUGUGCUUAUAAGAAGAAACAUUAAAUUUAUAAUCUUAAUGAUGUUACAGUUGAAAAAAAUGUUAUUAUCGCCUUUAUGCAUCCCCUGGAGUUCAUGACUUUAUUUGCAGUAGUACCUUUUCUAUCCUUACAAGUCAUUAACAUGCAUACCCUAUCUCAGCUAAAAUAACUCAAUUGUCCCUUGGUGAGAGUUUCUGUGAACCAAAAAUGGAUUUAAGAACCCAGCUUUUUCUACCAUUGCUAACAUCUAACAAGCAAUGCUACAUUGUAUUUCAUUUAACUGUGGAAAGACAUGUGUAUACAUACAUGUAAGUACUAACCCACUAACCCAACAUCAUUUUAACAGCCCUGAUGUACUAAUUCAUUUUAUCUCACUGUUAUCCUUUUUUACAGUCACAGCUAAAAUGAUUGCAAUGAUGACAUUGUGAAGUGGUUGAACAUUAACAAUCUGUCAUCUUCACCCCUAUUUAAAAUUGUUUUUAUACAGAGUCAACCUGCACGCUUUGGCUUGUUGGCAGUUGAGCUGUUUAGAUAUGUUGCAUGCUUUCUGCAGAGACUCAGUCUACAAAUACUUUUGAUUUAUUCAAGCAGUGUUGUAGUUGGAAAAAUGUAUAAAUAUAAAUAAUUAUAAUGUUACAACCCUUGAAAGUCUGGUAAAUUCUGAUGUAUGGACAUAAUAGGGAAACCCUGGGGGAAAGUGAAAACUUUUGUAGAGGGAAAAAAAUGCAAAGGGAAAGGAACAAAAAAGGAAGAAAGGAGAUGGAAUAAUUGACAUUGAAAAUACCUUGGAAAUGACCCUUUUCCACCGUUGAUAUUUGUCAGUUUAUUGCUGAUGAGUUUUUUGCAACCCCCUCCCAAAAACCCUAGCAGCCAUGUUUUGAUGCAGAAUGAACAACAGAACUAAUAUGAAAAAGGAAUUGAGUGUGAAGAUCGAUUGUUGUAUGAAAAUGUUUGUGCUACCAGUACUAAUAAAGAAGUGUAUUGAUUUGUCCAAAGCCUGAAAGACAGAUAAGUCAUGGUGUUUUGAUACUGGCUAUUUAAAUGUCUGGUUGUUGAUUUAUGAAAAACUAAUGUGGCUUCAAAUUAAAAAAGUACAAAGACUGCAGAAAGCAAGCCAAUCAAAGCUGACGUCCAACUUCUUUAUCAACCUUCUUGAACAGUUGGUCAUAAAAAUGCAUUCCACUACGUGUAAAAUUUAUCUGUCAUGUCCGAUGUGUUCCCUCAACAGCAAUGCGGUCCAAGUCCAGAGCCACCACUGCUGACAAAAGGCCCAAGAGCCACCGGGCAACAAGCAGCAUGAGCACCAGUACAGGGGCAUGGCCACCAAGCACCAUUAUGCCGCCCAACUACCAGCAGAGGUCGGUCACCCCCGACCCCUGGCCCCCCGUGGCCAACAAUGAGAGGGGGGACCGCAUCACACAGAGGCCCAAGACGGUUGGCACCCGACUGCGUAAUCGCAUUGCGGACCAGCUGCUGACCAAUCUGGAACCCAACCACCAUGAGACUAUUAUGCAUCUCCAGGCUGAGGAGCAACAAUACCAGAAGUACAAACUCUGAACAUGAACAAUGACCAUACUCAUCAAAUGCUUUUAGAAUCUCCCCCAGUGGCAACUGAUAACAGCUGCCUGCUUAAUAUUCUUCUUAGUGUGUAUUUUCAAAAUAUGCUGAGCUCCCUCAGGAAGUCCAAGAUUGUCAAAUUUUUAAAUUGGUCUGCCCAAUUUAAAUGCUAUUUAAUUCAAAAGCUGUCAGUGUUGAUAUUAACCUACCUGCUGCCACUGGAAGGUAUGACUAUAUACACAAACCAGCUCCGUUGCUGCCCUUCUCACUGUAGAUACUCUGACACUGCUCUUGCUUAGUGGCUUAACUAAGGGAGGCACACCCCUCCCUCUCGAGGCCUGUGCCCCCGAUGGGCCGCUUUGGUCUAGAAAAUAAGGGCCCCCAAGUGCCCCCCUGCAAAAUACACCCCUGUUACGUUAGGUCACAGCUCUGACUGUUCUGAAUGCACACAAUGCCCAGACAUCAGUGCUUGUUUUCUACUAUAAUAUAUUUAUUGAUACGGCUUGAUGGUUAGACUGAAGCUUUGUACAAGAUGAAGAAACUAUAAAUGGGUGUUAUUUUAUAUGUUUUGAGGAUUUGCUUGAUUUACUGAGUGUAUUUCUGUUUUAAACUAAAUGCACAGAUUUUCUAUGAGGGCGCACCUUUGUAAGUUUGAUACUGAUUAUAAUUGAAAUAAAGCUUACAGCAUUUUUAAUGUGAGCAAUGGAAUCAAGUCACUUGAACAAACACAGUUGUUGCAUGAAUACCCAUGUUGUCAUGUUUAAACUUUAUUUGACCUUGUUACCGAUGUGUGCUUAAAAUGUUAAAAGGGUUUGUAUUUUAAGUAUUAAGAUAUGUGUAUAAUUUAGCAUAUUAAUGUAUAAGCUAUAAAUUCCACAAAGAAGAAAAACAUUCAUGACAAGUAAAGACUAGAGGAUGUACUUUUAUGUCUGUUUUUAAAGUAUUUAAGAUACAUUACGCAAGAUGUAAUAUAUUUAAUACACGUACACUUAGCCUAGCUGUAGUUCAAUGAAAGUGCACUUGCUUAUGUAUUUCACAGGAGAGAAGAAGGGUAUUAUAUUGAAUAUGUUUAAUGGCCGGGGCUACUCAAAAUCAGCUGACUUCCAUUUGCAGCCCAUAAUUCCAUCUUUAAUAUGCGUUCAUUGUCAUUAAUGAAAUGUACUUUUGCUAGUGAGCGCGUGUUGGUUGUAAUGUUUUUGUGCUUUGAAAUUUUAAGUCCAAAGACUGUCAUCCGUCCCCAAUAAAGGGUACUAUAGUUUAAUCGGA